AUGUCUUACUUGAAUAAUCCUGCAGUUGUCAUGGACAACGGUACUGGGUUGACAAAACUUGGGUUUGCUGGUAAUGAUUCACCUUCAUGGGUUUUCCCUACAGCUAUAGCGACAGCACAGUCAGGUAAGGCGUCUAGUUCUGGUAGUAAAUCAGGGUUUGGGUCGAAUUCGAAUGCGCAAAGUUCAUAUAUGUCUAUGUCAGGUGGUAAUUCUACUAGUGCGACCGAUUUUAACAAUUUGGCUAGUUCGACAUUGAUAUCGAAUAACUUGGCUGGGAAGAGAGGUACGGAGGAUUUGGACUUUUAUAUUGGUAAUGAGGCGCUUGUGGCAUCGCAGGGUCCAUCUUACUCGUUGAGUUAUCCUAUUAGACACGGACAGGUGGAGAAUUGGGACCAUAUGGAAAGGUUUUGGGAGAAUUCUAUCUUUAAGUAUUUGAGGACGGAACCCGAGGACCACUUCUUCUUGCUUACUGAGCCACCAUUGAAUCCACCUGAGAACAGACAGCAGGUUGCUGAGAUUUUCUUUGAGAGUUUCAACUGUGCUGGUUUGUACAUUGCGGUGCAGGCUGUGUUGGCGUUGGCAGCAUCGUGGACGUCUUCGAAGGUGACGGAUAGAUCUCUAACCGGUACCGUUAUCGAUUCCGGUGAUGGUGUAACACACGUUAUUCCUGUGGCGGAAGGGUAUGUGAUUGGCUCUGCUAUAAAGAAUAUUCCAAUUGCCGGUAGGGACAUCACAUUGUUCAUCCAGUCGCUUUUGCGUGAGCGUGGUGAGCAAGACGCGUCUUUGAGAACAGCAGAACGUAUCAAGCAAGAGUACUGUUACGUUUGUCCAGAUAUUGUGAAGGAGUUCAACAAGUUCGACAGGGAUUCGGAGAAGUUUGCACAAUUCAUUGUGGAAAACAAGGAAAAGACCACCAAGAAGGUCGUUGACGUUGGUUACGAGAGAUUCUUGGCUCCAGAAAUCUUUUUCAACCCUGAAAUUGCAUCAUCUGACUUCUUGACUCCGCUACCAGUGGUGGUGGACGAAACCAUCCAAGCAUGUCCAAUUGAUGUCCGUAAGGGCUUGUACAAUAACAUCGUCUUGUCCGGUGGGUCUACCAUGUUCAAGGACUUUGGUAGAAGAUUACAAAGAGACUUGAAGGGUCUUGUAAACGACAGAAUUGCCCAAUCGGAAAAGCUAAGUGGCACCAAGUCCACAGGUGUUGAUGUGUCUGUCAUUUCACACAAGAGACAAAGAAACGCCGUUUGGUUCGGUGGUUCGCUCUUAGCUCAAACAGCAGAGUUCAAGAGUUAUUGUCAUACAAAGCAAGAUUACGAGGAGUACGGUCCAGAUAUCGUAAGAAACUUCAGUUUAUUCAAUAUGAUCUAA